CGGCGCGGCUGGCUGCGGAGGGAACCUUCAGCUCUCAGCUUUCCUGAGCCAGCAGAGGACCAGAGCCAGCAGGAAGAGAGGGGCUGGAAGAAAGCCCUUGAUCUGCACUGGUGCUGGGAGCUUCUUUGGUGGUGAAAGCCCCGUGCCGAGCCGGCGCCAUGCGUGAGUACGCCGAGAAGAAGGAGACAUGUGGCACCAUCUGCCUCAAGUACCUGCUCUUCAUCUUCAACUUCUUCUUCUGGCUGGCUGGUGGGGCCGUGAUGGCAGUGGGCACCUGGACCCUGGCUGAGAAGAGUGACUACAUCAGCCUGCUCUCCUCCAGCACCUACUCAGCCACUGCCUACAUCCUGGUGGUGGCUGGGGUGGUGGUCAUGGUCACUGGCAUCCUGGGCUGCUGUGCCACCUUCAAGGAGCGUCGCAACCUGCUGAGGGUGUACUUCAUCUUGCUGCUGUGCAUCUUCCUCCUGGAGAUCAUUGCUGGAAUCCUGGCCUAUAUCUACUACCAGCAGCUGAGCAUGGAGCUGAAGCAGAAUCUGAAGGCCACCAUGACCCAGAAGUACAGGAAGGAGGGAGAGGAGAGCGUGACCGGCGCCGUGGACAAGCUGCAGCAGGAGUUCAAGUGCUGUGGGAGCAACAACUACACAGACUGGGCUGACAGCCAGUGGAUCAGGUCUCCAGGGGCCGGCGGCAGGAAGGUGCCAGACAGCUGCUGCAAGACCAUCACCGACCUGUGCGGCCGCAGGGACCACCCCUCCAACAUCUACAAGGAGAGUGGCUGCAUCACCAAGCUGGAGAACUUCAUUCAGGAGCACCUGAAGAUCAUUGGGGCCGUGGGGAUCAGCAUCGCCUGCGUGCAGAUCUUUGGGAUGAUCUUCACCUGCUGCCUGUACAGGAGUCUAAAGGCAGAGCCCUACUGAGAGCAGCAGGAGCUCCGGGGCUGCCCCUCCGCCGCUUCCCUUCGCGCCUGCCCGUCCUGCCCUCGCUCCAGCACCGCCGCAGAAGCGUCUGUAACCCGAGGACUUGGCUCUGCCUCCCCUUCCCUGCCCCUCUGGGGGAAGGUCCCAGCCUCCUGGUUGAGGGCAGCAGCAGGUCCCCUUCGUUGUCAGUAACCCAAAGAGCUGUGGCUCUCCUGCCAGAAGCUUUAGCCUCGAUGUAACCACCCAGCAGCGUUUAGCCAGGGCCGCUUCUCCGGAGCCAGCCUCCAGGGGUCGGGAUGGUAGAAGAGGAGCCGUGGUUUGCUCUCUGAGAAGUGGCUCAGCAGCACCAGGCCUCUGCUGUGAGGACAGAUGAUGUUUCUGUGCUGAGCUGGAGCCAGAGCUGAGCCUCUCACCCGUGGAAGGUUUCUCUCCCCCUUCCCCCAGCGUGCGCCGGAGCCCCGGCGCGGCAGUUCUCCUCCUGAGGGGGCCCUCGGGGCAGGAGCUCCUCUGCUUGCUGACUGGAAGCACAGCUUGGUGCAGCUGAAAUCUUCUCAUGGCUCUGAUGGUGCCUUGGUGCAGCUGAAAUCUUGUCAUGGCUCUGAUGGUGCCUUAGGACUUCCCAGCCAUGCUUCCUCCUCCUCCUCCUCCUC